UUUACUAUUUAAGUUCCUGCCUGAGUUGAGUUCACCAGUGGUUCAUUGUUUGUCGUAGUUUUGUGAUUAGAUAUACAAGUUGCUGUUACAUCGGAGCAGGAAUCGGGCACAUGUUUUUUCCAGGGUGUCCGGGAUUGCUGUCGCUUUCCUUUUUUCUUAUAAUGUCGGGAAACGCUGCCAGUGGGGACACAAAACUCUGCUCCGUAGAUUUUGAGAUUUUUGGAAAUGUGCAGGGUGUCUGCUUCAGGAUGUACACUGAAGACCAUGGAAAGAAGCUGGGUCUGAAUGGCUGGGUGAAGAACACCCGGCAAGGCACAGUGGUGGGGCAGGUGCAGGGGCCCUCGGAGAAAGUCAGCGAGAUGAAAGUGUGGCUGAGCAAGGUCGGCAGUCCCAGUUCCCGCAUCGACCGUGCUGUUUUCUCCAACGAGCGGGAGAUCUCCAAGCUGGACUUCAAGGGUUUUUUCACGCGUUACUGAAAAUAAAGUUCUGCCUUCCUGCACAGGGCCUGCACCAGGAAGGGGCUGCAGUCUGAAAACAGCUGCAGAAUCACUGUUUGUAAUACAUGUUACCACUAGUUUGACUUUUGAAUGUUAAAAUAAUUAAAUUACUGGUGACAACUACAAAAAUUUAUUGUGCUGAAUUGAUGUUUGGUUGUGUGUACAACUGGAGAAAACUAGAGCAUACAGAAGAAGUUAAGGAAUUAAUAAAUAUAUAUACAACAAUAUUUACAGUAGGAAUAUUAGUAAAAGUACUUCCAGGAUGAUAAAUUCUAGCCUUUAGGUGGAAAGCCCAAUUCCUUAAUCACAUUUAAACUACAAAUUUAACUUGGCUAUAAAUGUAUAAAUCUAACCAUAUUUUAAUCUGGUUUAAUGUCUUCUUCCAUCAUUUUCAAAUCAUAGUUAAUGUUUUGCAUCUCCUUUUGUCUCUAAAUGCUGUUUCUAGUUGUAUUUUGAUAGAGGCUCAGUGACCCUGAAUUAUUUAUGAAAUGAUUAAGCAUUAUUAUGUGAGGCAAUAGAUUUAGUCGAAUAAAGAGAAUUUAUUCUG